UUGAACUCGAAACUCGCUCGCUGAGCGAAUCAAAACGACAUGGCCGAGUGGCCCGAGUCUCACUCCCAGGCCGAGUCCGAGUCACCGAGUUCUGUCGGCCCGAUUUUGGAUCUCCUUCUCUCAGUCGGUUACGCCGAGGCCCGAAAACCCGAUAUUUCUGCCUCCGACAAGCUGUCCGGUGGCCUUGCCUGGUGCAUCGCUGCCCUCAACGACGUCGUUCGCGAUGGAAUCCUAAUACGCCGGGAGGAAAUUGAGGUUGAAAAGCGCAUUGAAGAAGGUCUAAGAUUGAUCGGUUGCCCACACCUUCUUGAAGCUUCUCAAGUUGAAAGCCUAGACUGCAAAGCCAUUUUCCCUGUUGUGCAGUGGCUUGUUAAUCGUAUUCGGACCGUACAAGAUCAUAUCGGCGAUGAUGAGAAUCAACCAGAGGUCAAUGUUAUGAACGAACUCAAACUUUUACGAGAGAGAAUAGAAAAGGAGGGUGCUAAUAUUGCCUUGCAGAAAUUGACGUCACUUAUGGAGUCGUUAAAGGUGUGCUGUCUUUCUGAUCUAAGCCAUCACAAGAACUGGGCUCCAUGUGCAGUUCUGCCACAAACUGCAAAGAAGCCUGGUCCCCAAUUCCCAUUAGACUGCUCCUCUCUCUCUCUCUCUCUCUGUGUCUCUGAUCUGGAAAGGCAAGAAUCUGAGUUCCAAUCUACUUGUAGUGCAAAACGCUCAGAACUGCAAGCUGAUGUUAUUGAAUUGGAGGGAAUGAUAGCAAAUGGUUGUGAUAGCAAGAGUAUCUCUCAUAUUCUAAAUCAUUCCUUUAUCGAGUCACUGGAAAAACUGAAUUCAGCUAAAAAGGAACUUGCAGCUAGAUGUAUGGCAAUUUUAGCAGUAAAGCGGCAGCUCGAUGAUGUGCCAUCCCAGUCGGAACUCAUCCAGUAUGAACGCCGAUUUUCUGAACUGUAUGUCCAUAUCCAGGAAAAACAUCGACAAACUCGUAAAUAUUAUGGCACCUAUAAUGCCCUUUUGGAGAUAAAAGAAUUGAUGCUAAAGGAAAUAUCCUUAUUGAAUUCAAUAAGUUCACAGUUCCAAGAUGCCAUUACUAGUAGUGCUGGUCGCAUGAAACUUAUUGAUUCCAUGGAGGGAAUUGUGAAGAGCAGUCAACAGAAACAAGGAAAGGUGCAACUUGGGCUUCAAGAAGAGCAGAAGGUUUGUGACGCUCUCAAACAGCGAUAUGCUGCAGCAUUUGCAGAGCAAAGACGUUGCUACACGCUCUUAAAAUCUUUUCAGGAGGAAUGUGCAAGGAAUGAGAAACUUCGGUGCCAAAGUUCUAUCUAGAAACAUUACUUCCAGGUGUCAGCAUGCAAUUGAUUUGAGUGCUUACCUACUGAAUCAAGAAAGAGAUCUAGUAAUUGGUAUUGCCUCUCAAUCUUUUUAUUUUUUUUAUUUUUUUAUUUUGGCACUUUGUAGCUCUGUAGUUUUACCUUUAUUUCUGAAGUUGGCUAUAUUAUUUAUUAGGGCAUAAUAUUUCUACUGCUUACUCAGAAAUAAAUAAAUUGUAAAAACGAAAGCUUAGUUCAGCAAUUCAACUUUUCCCCGUACUGAUCACAAUUAUUCCUGAAUAUAGAGUAAGAUUCUUCC